AUGUCCACCCCGACGACGCUCACGUCCAGCCCGGAGGCACCGAGUGGUAUAAAGCCCCCGGGAAUAACAAACCGGGUGCCAAGAAGUACGUCGAAGACGCUCGUGUCGGCGGCCCAACAACCCGGCAGAAGCAAGAUCCCGAAGCAAGAGAAGCCGCACGAGCGGGAGGACGCGGUGACCGGCGAGUCCCACCAGAACAAUGACGGGGCCAAGCAGCUACGUCAGCGGCCCGUGUCUCAAAGGGACGCCGGCAACAACGGCGCGCCGCCGCAACAGCAGCACCGACUCCUCGGCAAGUCACCGUCGUCGUCCUCGGGCCCGACGGCCGGUAACCUGUUCAGCCAGAAACGCGUCCUCGAGAACCAGUUCAAAAGCAAGAAGUUAAAGUACGUGAGCCUCAAGACCGAUAUCGAGGACAAGCAGAAAUCGUGCGAGGCGACGUUCGAGGAGUUGGUGCUGUUGCGCGAGCGCGUGCUCGCCGCGGGCUGUAAGGACCCGGGUAGCCUCGAGGGCCUGGCUCCUCUGCCGAGCUGGUCGAGCAAGCAGCUGCGAUGCCACAACAGCGGUGCUCCGCAGGGAUCUUCGGAGCCACCCUUGGACGAGCAGAGCUUCGUGGCGCGGCUGGAGACCUGCCUGAGGGUGACCCUCGACUCGGUGCUCGGCUUUUGCGACGAGCUGCUCGAGCAGCGCUCCGGGGAACUCGACCGGAUGCUCGAGCUCAACGAGAGCACCUCGUCCAUCGGCACUGGGGACCAGCCCGCCACCAGACUCAUGCUGCUCAAGAAGAAGCUGAGCGAUCACGUGGAGCACUGUCGGAUGGAGAAGAGCGAACUGGAGGCGCGGCUCGAGGAGACCCGCCAGGAGCAGUCGGGCCGGCUGGCGGAGCUGGUGCGGAGCACGAGUUACUUCUGGCACGAGUUCCAGGCCCACCAGCAGGAAAAGCACGCCGAGCAGCAAGGAUCGUCGGCGGUGGCGGCUGCGUCGUCGUCGUCACUCGCGGUAACCAUCAGCGCCAACGCGCAAAAGGGUAACGGUGAUCAGCAGCAGCUGCUGCGGGUCGAACGGAACCGGAACAUGAAGGCCCGGGUGAGGCUGCAGGAGCUAGAAACGGAGUUGCGCCAAGCCCAGGAGACCAACAAGCAGCUCGAGGCCGCGCUCAAGCUGAAAGAGGUGGUCUGCGAGCAGAGGAGCAAGGAACUUACCCGGGGACAGGGAAAAGUCGACCGGCAAAAGGAGGCCUUUGAGACCAGGAUGCACAAGCUGAAGGAACAGCUGGAUCUCAAGGAGAGCGAGAGCAAGGCGGCGGGCGAGCGACUCGCCGCCGUCGAGGGCAUGCUGGAGAACGAGAGGCUCGCGAGAGAGGCGACCGACGAGGAGUACCGGGAGUUGAAGGCGAGGUACAAGACAUUGGAAGAAAAGUGCCAGCAGCUGCUCGAGAUCCAGAACAGGGCCAACCCAGAUGAUUCAGGUAUACUUCUUUGCGGUACUACCUGCGUUAAAAGUGUAAAUCUUGAACGAAAUUUCUGUCGGAUCAAAAGACAACCAGCAGCAGCACACGGAGAGGCGCAGAAGACGCUCGCCGAGAAGGAAGAGCUGAUCAGACAGCUGCAGAUGGAAAGGGAGGAAAUAAUAGCCUCGGCUGGCGAGGAAGCAGACGAGGCCCCCAACGGCAAGCUCGAGGCGUCGAAGCAGAGGCUGUCGGCUGAGCUGCUGCGCAAGUCGAGCGAGCUGCAAGAGUUGACGAGCGAGUUUGCUCAACUCCAAAAGAACUUGAAGAUGGUGCAACAGCGGAACGAGAGACUAGAGCACUCGAUGGCGGAGUUGACGAAGCUGCGGUCACAGUCACGGGAUCCGGGCUGCCACGAGGCCAAGCUACUCGAGCUCCAGCAGCAGCUCAUGGAUCUGAGGGCCAGUCUUGCCGAGAGUCAAAGCCAGAACGCCGAGCUCAAGCGGGACUGCACCAAGCUACAACUCCAGCUCGAGCACCAAGGGCGCCUGGCGCGCAACCUCAAGCUUAGCGGUGAACUCCAGCAGCUGAUGCACACACCCCAACAGCAGCAGCAAAAGUCCGGAAGUAUGGAUCACAACGAUAUCGCUGAUUAUCAACAGCAACAGCAACUGCAGCAGUUACACAGUGCCUUGGAGAGCAAAGAGAUGCAGCUCGGUAAGCUUGAGAAGCUGGUCAAGCAGAUGGAGAAGCACGAGGAGUACUCGCAGUUGCAGCGCACGCGCCUCGAGGCCCGCAUCGCCAAGCUCGAGCUCAGUCUCAAGGAUGCCCAGCAGGCCCACCGGUACGUUACAGCAGCCGAACAACAUCAGUCGGAUAAGAUAGUAGAUACUAAGAGGAAAAUGAGAGGAAAUACGAUCAUGAAAUCGGAUACAUCAAGUGCAGGAGUCAAGUAG